CGUCAGCAUGGACGAGUUGGAUCCCGAGGCGCCAACGUUUCUAGCUUUGUUCCAACGCUUCCAACAUCACUUUCUUCCACAUGCCCGCCCAUAGACAUAGACUCUGGAGACCAGCAAAGCGAUGAUUCUAGGCCAAAUAGCAUGGGUCGAUUGCAUCGCCUUCCUCCUCUUCCUGGCCCCGCAACUUCUCAUUCAGAUUGGCUUCUUUCAGACAGCAAUAUGUGGGAUCAGGGCCUUGCCGUUUCUGUUGAUCAGAAUGCCCAUACAGCUCGUCCGUGAGCGUUACUUCACUCCCAGAAAGCAGCGAUCUCCGUUCGUCCAGCGGGCCACUUUAUUCCAGGACCUCGUCAUCAGAUGCGUGAGAUACGCAUUCUCGGACAUCCCAGCAGCUAUUGGCAAAGUCUUCUUCUCGAAAUGGGUGGCUUUGCCGUUUAUGCGGUUUCGUAUGCUGCGACAUGGCAUAUUGAGAAAGCCCAUCUACUGGCGUGAAGUCAAUCGAGAUGGCCUGAAAGGGAUCUAUGCUGUUAUGGAUGCAUCGCGCAAGCCAGACAUAAUGCUAUACUACUGUCAUGGUGGCGGCUUCUCAAUGGGCUCUUCAUACUUCUAUCUCGAGUUCUUGCUUGUCUGGUUAACCCUUCUCAAGGAAGCCGGUUAUCAAAACCCAGCGCUUUUCGCCCUAGAGUACACUUUGGUACCUGAAGCCACUUAUCCAACGCAAGUCCAGGAAGCUCUAGCUGGCUACAAGUACGUGCUUUCGACAGUCGACGAUCCUUCGCAGAUCGUGGUCAGCGGCGACUCCGCAGGAGCAACACUGGUAUUGAGCCUGAUGCUAUGCGUUUCUGGCUAUUCAUCUCUUAAAAACAAAAUGCCUGGACUGGCCGUCAUCAUCUCUCCUUGGGCGACGAUCAUCUCGCCGAAGAAUCAGAACACGCCCUCAGACUACCUCAACGCCGACAGCCUUCAUCUCUAUGGAACACAAUACAUCGGCAAGAACGGGUCUCAAGACAAUGCCUUGGUCUCACCAGGACGUUGCGAUGAUCUCAGCUGGUGGCGACGCGCAUCUCCGAGUAAAGGCUGGUAUUUCAUCUACGCUUCUGAGGAGGUCUUCGCGCCAGAAGCGAAAGACCUUAUCGCAAAAUUGAACAAAGCCGAGGUGCGAGUGGACGAGUACGAAGAGUAUGGCUGGAUCCAUGCCUGGCCUGUGGUGAAGCUGUUCCUGUGCAACAAGCAAGAAGAACGCCAACAUGGGUUGAGGAAAAUUGUGGACGUUAUCGCAUCUCGCAUAGAGCCAAGGAAAGCGUCAUGAGUACAUUUGUUGGUACAGCAAGAACGAAGC